AUGGCGAAAGAAAUUCAGUCCGUUUUAGCCCAAAAAGUUGGAGGAUGUCUCGUGGACUGCAUCAACCUGAACGUCGUGUUAAAGCCAAACGGCUGCAGUACAACAAAAAUCAGGCAACGUCUUCUGGUGAGACUGACCUACGAAGCUCUUCAUCAUGUACUUCCAUACGAAAUGAAAGUCUUCGCAUCAAUAGCCCAUGUCUAUGUUCACGAAUUGGAGGAGAAUUUUGAAAGAUCACCUCAUCAGCGAACAGUAAUUAUGCGAUAUUUGGGUGACUUCUUCGCAUGGAAAAGACAUUUCGCCCGCAUUGUUCCUGAAAGACGCCAUCUUUAG